GCUACGACUGACAAGAUGCUUUUCACAAGAUUAACAAUCAUCGCCUGUGAGUAUACCACCUGUUCUGUUGUCUUUAAUGGUCAUUAACAGAGUGUUACUUGAAAAUGGGACCACAUUAUGUUAUGUUGUCAUUUAAAGGAUCAAUUCUAUUUUUUUCCCAUGUUUUGUAUCUUUCAGUCGUGGCUGCAACUUGGUGUUGGACCUCUGAUGGACAACUCUAUGAUGUGGCAUGUCCUGGUGAAUACAGCCAGCUGCAAUGUCCUGAAGGACACGUGAUCGAAGUGCUGUCAGUGCAGCAUGGUGUGAAGAGCUCUGCUGACUGCACUGCCAGAAGCCAGCCCGCCGUGGUCUCAGACAAGCAGUGCAUACACAAAGACAUGCUAGGAUGGAUCAAGUUCAUCUGUGACAAACUGGAACAUUGCCGCCUGCCCGGACCCAAUAAGGAGAUGUUUGUGUGCGAAUAUUCAGAAGAUACCUUUGUUCAGAUCACCUACAAAUGUAACAAGAAAAGUGCUGAUGUGCGUACCACUGUUGUAUGUGAAGAUCAAGCUGCAGUGAUAAAGUGUGAAACAGGAGUUCUUAACAUCGUGAAGGCCAAUUUUGGGCGUUUGGACAUGAACACCUGCACCGACACUCCUUCGGACAAAACCUUCUGUGCAAGUUACACAGCUGCGGGAAGCUUGAAAUCUAUGUGUAACGGCAAACAAUCAUGCAAUGUUACCGCCAACGCUGCCACUCUGGGACAUCCUGUUUACUGCGAUGCUCUUCCCCACUACCUUACUGUGGAUUAUGUUUGUCAGUGAUUGGAGAUUUGCAUCUGACAACAGCGUCCCAGGGAGGAGUGGUGACGUCAUAAUUGAUGUCAUCUAGGGCUGCAACUAACAAUUGUUUUCAUGACUAUUGUUUUGAUUAAUCGAUUGGUUGUCUGGUCUAUAAAAUGAAGGAAAAUGGUGAAAAACGUCAAUCCGUGUUUCCCCAAAGUCCAGUGUACGUCCGCAAGUCUUGUUUUGUCCACAACUCAAAGAUAUUCAGUUGACUGUCAUAGAGGAGAGACAAAACUAGAAAAUAGUCAUAUUUGAGAAGCUGGAAUCA